UAGGCGGCGUUGCUGAGGGAAGCGUAGUGAGGGGACUGAGGCUGAGGCCCAUAAGGAAAGCCCCAGUCCCACCAGACUCCCGCGGCCGGUGUCCAUGGCGCACGAAGGCUCGAGAACCGGCAGGGAUCGAGGGCAGGCCAGGGCCAAGGCCGAGAAAGUCCGCCCCCCCACGGUGCCUGUGCCCCAGAUAGAGAUUGUGCCUGGCCGUCUGAACGAAUCGGAAUGGAUCACGCUUAUGGGCAUUGAGGAAGGGGAGGAUGUGGUAGGAGAUGUCUUGGCCGAACUGCUGGCUCGUGUGAUGGAUGCAACCUUCAAGGUCUACCUGGCCCAGCAGUGCAUCCCAUUCACCAUCAGCCAGGCCCGAGAGGCCAUGUUGCAGAUCACUGAAUGGCGAUUCCUUGCGAGGGAUGAAGGUGAGACAGAUGUGGCCGAAGACCCCACGUGGGGGGAGGAUGAAGAGCCUAAGGCCAGCACCACAGACACCUGGGCUCAAGGCUCCGUGCCUGUGCUGCAUGCACCUUCCCCUUCUAUUCCCCCAGGACUCGAAAACUCUGCCCAACCUGAGGCCACUGAGACUGGGGAUCCGCUCACCUCGAGAAAGAAGAGUUGGAUCUCAGUUCCUGAGGAUCAGAGCAUCUCUUUAUGGGGGAAGCCUGAGUUAAAGCCUACCCCAGGUCCCCCCCCAACACCAGAACCCUAUUCACAAAGUCCCCAACACUUUGUUUUGCCCCAUCCCUGUGCCGAUUCAGCCCCUAAUCUGAGCAAUUAUGCCUCUCUGGAUCUUUCUGUAUGGGAGAGUUCCCAGUUUUCUUUUGAAGUGGUCAGCCCAGUGAGUCCACAUCCUUCUAUAGAUCUGUCCUUAUGGGCAAGUCCUCAUGUGUCCCUAACUUCACAGGCUGGUCAUAUUCCAUCUCUUUCACAGAGUUCCCAGAUCCCUGUACACCACAUUGGAGGUGGGGACAGCUCAGACCAAGUAGAAGAGACAGUUUUACCUCCCCCCUACUAUCUGUCAGUGCCUCUUCCACCAUUUCUGGCUAGUCCUUCCUGGAACCUCCCAAAACUCCAGUCUGUCCCGGCCCCCAUCUCUUCACUAACCCCCAAUUUGCUCCCUGCUGCCUCUGCCAAGUUCAUGCGCUUACAGAAGGGGCGGGCAUAUCUAGCAUCAGGUCUGGUGUAUGACAAGAUGGGACGGAUCAUAGCCAUGGAUCCACUGGAUCCUACCCAUCUGCCCCAGCACCAAAUUCAUCCACUGGCUAAAGUUGUAGUCCCUGAGGCAGAGGUCCACCCUCUAGACUCGUACAAGGAACAAAGAAAGCAUGUGAAGUACGGGAAUGGGUUCCGAUUCAAGCUGCCUGGCCGCCACAGGCCCAUACCCCACUUCCGUGGUGGUUUUCCUUUCCCCAGCCCAGGACUUCCCUUCCCAGCUCCUGGCAUGGAGUUCCCCCUCCAGAGCCCCAUGAAGCGAUGGUCUAGCAUCCAGUGGCAUUAUGGAUUGGAGGGGGCAACAGAUCUGUUGCAUAUGCAGCCAGCGCAGUCAAGUGUGAUGCCAGACAUUGGGUCAGGACUAAAGCCUGAUCAGAAUUUGCUUCCUCCCUAUGGUCCAAAAGUCCUUGAAGCCACCUCCCAACUGAUGUGGAAACCUUCCUUACUUCUGGAUACAAUGAAGCUGAAGCCUCAUGUAAGCCUCUGGAAUCCAAGCAAAAACACGCAUAGAAGGGGUUAUCCUGCUCCCCACAUGGAGAGAGAGCAGUUCCCCGGCCUGCUGCUUAAGGAACCUUCUGAGCAACAACCCAUCCAGACCCAUGCGCUUACCCCUGAGGUCACUGUGUCUCAGCUGCUGAAGGGCUCCUCACCUAGAGUUCGGACCUUUCCCUCUCAGGACAAUGUCAGCACCAACUUCCCUGAGGAGUCCUGAAUGAAGGCUGUGAGUCCUUCAGUGGCAUUCUGAUCCCAUCUGACACCACGCUGAAACCCAAAUCCUACUAUGCCUACCUCCCUGCAAUAAAUACUUGUGGGGCCCUAGAUGUUAGGCUGGUGUAUCCCUCACCACUAUCUCGGUAAUCCCCCCAAAAGGGCAUUGAUCUCUCAAGUCCAAAGGCCCUUCAACACAGUUUUCCCUGCCUUUAGGUGUCCUCCAUUCAAAUGAAAGAGACAUUCCUCCCUGCCAGCAGGUAAAAAACAUCCACACUCAUAGGAAACACAGACUGAGUCAAAAGUAUUCCUAAUACUGGGAAACCACUAUUAUGUUAGAGAAACAAAGACUUUGUUGGAAAAUGACUACUCAGAGACCAUCCAGACAAAUCUAUUAAAGCAAGAGUGCCCUUAACAUUCCUAUUAACCUUUAUGUGAAGACCUCUAGGGAAGGGAAGGACUCAUUCCACUUUGUGUUCUGACUAAUGGUAAGAACUUUUCCCUUAACAUCCUUAAAACCAAAAUCCUUAAAACCAUUGAAGUCAAGAACAAAUAUUUGCUCUUCUUUACUAGAAUUCAGACACUUGAAAAACAAGUUAUAUUUCCAACUAUUUUUAUACAACAUGAACUUUGCUAUUCUGGGUGAUUUAGCUCUGGAUAUGUUCUAGUUUAAUGUAUUUUCUAAAAUGUGACCCUCAGAACUGGACUGCAAACUGGUCUGCCCAGGCCAAGUGAGCUUUUAUUGUGUAUUCUAGGUACCAGGCCUCUCUGGGUAGCUUAGGGUUCCAUUAUCUUCUCUAGCAGUCACGUCAUGCUCAUCUCCAGCUUUGGUCAGCUAAAAUGACUAGAUCUUAUGUCUCCCCUAUUCUCUACUCAGUUGUUUAAAAAAAAAAUUAUUUGCCAAUCUACCAUCCCUAUGUUGAAUCCUUCCUUGCUCAAACAAUAAAACAGUUAAGCAAGCUUA